GAAUGGCCUUGAACGCUACCUGUUUACACACACUCGCUGCCACCUGACGGCCUGAUGGACCGGUGCUCACUUUAUCAGUCUGUCGUCAACAUCCGACCCAAAAUGAUGGCCUCUCCCUUGCUAAGUUUGGUUAGGUGCCUAUAUCGGUCCACGACGCCUUUCGUAGGGUUUAGGCGCCAUCCUCGUGCUUUGAAACUGUCUCGAGGCCUUUCAAGUGAGGUUCAGGCUGAUCCCCUGGCAGGGGUACGAAUUUUGGACUUGACACGCAUAGUGGCUGGCCCCUACUGCACCAUGGUCCUGGGGGACCUUGGCGCUGAAGUUAUCAAAGUUGAGAGGCCUAUCGAAGGGGACGAGUGCAGGAAGUGGGGUCCUCCUUUCAUUGGUGACACCAACGAGAGCUGUUACUUUAUGGCUGUCAAUAGAAACAAGAAAAGCUUAUGCAUCGACAUGAAGUCGACAGAAGGGAAGAAUAUUUUGUUCGAACUGGCUGAGAAGGCUGAUGUUCUUGUCGAGAAUUUCGUCCCUGGUAAAAUGGAUGAAUUGGGCUUGGGCUAUGCAGACUUCAAGGCUGUGGCUCCGCAUCUUAUUUAUUGUUCGAUCUCUGGCUUUGGACCUGAUGGUCCGUACAGCAAUCGACCUGGCUAUGAUGUUAUUGCCGCAUCAAUGGGUGGACUGUUACACAUUACAGGACCCCAAGAUGGAGAGCCGUGUAAAGUUGGUGUUGCUCUGACUGAUAUAAUGACUGGCUUGUAUGCACAUGGGGCAAUCAUGGCUGCCCUCAUGCAAAGAUUGCAAACUGGCCUGGGCCAAAAGAUUGACGCUAAUUUACUAUCUACUCAAGUAGCAUCUCUAAUUAACAUUGGAUCAAACUAUUUAAAUGGCGGUGUUGAAGCUGAGAGACAUGGCACCAGCCAUCCUAGCAUAGUCCCUUAUGAAGCUCUUGAGACCAAGGAUGGGUGUUUCAUCACAGUUGGAACAGGCAGUGACAAGCAGUUCGUAGAUUUGUGCCAUCGAUUUGAAUUGCCACACAUUGCAAAUGACAGUAAAUUUGUUACUAAUAAACUGAGAGUCAAGAAUAGGAAAGUCCUUUUGGCUAUUUUAAAGGACAAGUUUCGAACAAAAAUCAGAAAUGAGUGGCUAAAAUUAUUAGAGGGUGCCUCCUUUCCUUAUGGACCAAUUAACAGCAUUGCUGAUGUGUUCAAUGAUCCUCAUCUUGAGGCUACCAAAGUUGUCCAAUAUGUCGAUCACCCUGUGGCUGGAAAAGUGAAGCUUGUUGCUCCCGCUGUGAAAUUCAGCAAUGCUAAGAACCAGAUUCGCUCCCCUCCACCAACACUGGGACAGCACACCCAUGAAAUAUUACACUCCACACUUGGUUAUUCACAAGAAAAAAUUGAAAGACUUAUUAAGAUUGGUGCUGUUGCAUAACUUUUCUGUCUGUUUAGUGUUUUAAAGUGCUUGAACAUUUGUACUUACUAGAUUUAUAUUUUCUUAUUGUGGUGUUGGUUAUUCUAUCCUCAAGUAUUGUUAUUGUUAUUAAGUGGCUUUUAAAAUUUGUUGAAAGUCUAUGCUACAUACAAAGUCUGAGAUUUCUUAAAUGUUUUGAACCAUUAUCUUUCUGGGGGCUUUGUACUUAAUUAUUAAACCACUCAAACCAAAAGGUUUAGUUUCCUUAUUAUUCUGAUGGCCUGAAAUUGACUUUGACUGACAUUUUUAGCAUUUGCAUUCUACUCCCA